AUGAGGCGUUAUUCACGCAGGUGGCGCUUCUUGGCACUAUUGGUUGCGCUGAUAUAUGUGAUAUGUUUUGCUCUAGAGAAGCAAGAACCAGGCAAGAUAGAAGCGGUCACUCGGAUUCCUCAGAAACCCCAAUAUGUUAACCCCACUUAUCGUAAUGUGCGCACGCUUAUUAUGGUUCCUGGCCAUGGUGUUUUAAAAUCAUUGAGUGCUUCUGAUUGGAAAAAUCAAAGUAACUGGAGCUUCGAGAAGCAUCAACUUCGUGAUGGUGUAGUUUUGCCUUUUUGUUUUGCCUCCCAUAUUAGGCGGGCCCUUGUUCUGUUAAAAAAGCAACUUAAUUCUUCUAUAAUAAUUUUUUCGGGGGGUCAGACUAGCGCCAGUGCCGGACCACGUAGUGAAGCCUUGAGUUACUAUAUUCUGGCAGAGGAGACAAAUUUAUUUGGCCUCUUUAACUCCGCGGCCCAGGUGAGGAGUGUUCUUGAGAAUCAUGUCUUUACUGAGGAGUUUGCCCGGGAUUCUUUUGAAAACUUGUUAUUUAGCAUUGCACGCUUUUACGAAGUAACACGUCAUUUUCCAGAUUCGAUUAUUGUUGUGGGAUGGAAGCAUAAACGCGAACGUUUUGUGAAAUACCACAGAGAAGCCUUGCGUUACCCAGCAGAGAAAUUUUCGUAUAUAGGGCUUGACUUUGAGGACGCGGCUCCUUUUGUGAGGGAUGUGGAACCGUAUCGGCUGGCCUUACCGUAUAGUGAUGCCAAGGCCCUUUCGUUUGUUAAUAAGGAUAUAUAUCUUUGUAAUGCAGGGAAGCUGACGAAAGAUAAACGAAAUCCCCAUUUUCGUGUUGCGCCUUAUGAGGCAAGUUGUCCGUCUCUUCUGCCGUUGUUGCAAUACUGCGGUCCACAUCUUAUUGACAAAAGUCGAGUUCCGUGGGGAUAG